GGUUUAACGGACAGUUUCGGUCUGUCAGUCAGAGAGAUUCACCGGCGCGAUGGAGGAGCAGGAACCGCUGAUAACCGAUAAAAGGCUGGAUUAUCUGGAGAACUGCGUGCUAAAGGCGCUGAACGUGAAGCCCGAGCGCUGGGAGAGAUGCGUCUCCGCGGAGGAGCAGCGGAGAGUCAUUCAGGAGUUCCUGGAUCAGUCCGAGCACUCGACUCUCUCGGUGUCCGUCAACUCCGCCGGGCAGCUCGUACCCGCUCUCGGCCUCUCCGCCGCCGUUAAGAGCAAAGCGGUGUUUUUCGUGAAGCGGGGUAAAGGUGCACUGACCGCCGAUAAAAUGAAGACCCAGUUGUUCAGUGGAGACAUGUGUUAUUCUCCUCUCGAGCAAUUUUCGGUACUGGUGGACAAGGUUGUGGAGCCGGUGUUGUCAAAUUUGAACAACCAGCGAGACUUCCCUAAAGUUGUUUCUCAGGAUCUCAUGCGACACAUUCACGCCCUUCAAAACAACGUGUUUGUUACAGCUGGUCAAAUCAAAGGCAAAACCCACCUGCCCGUACCUCUGGGAUUCAAGCAGUUCGAGCAGUGCAGUCAACAGUUAGAUAAGAGGUUUCAUGUGGUGGAUAAAAGCCUGAUUCACUCAAUGGAGACGGUGGUGAUUGACUGGAGUCAUCAGGUCUAUAAGGUCUUGAAGAAGGACUCGUCUGAGCCGCUGCUGGAGGGCCGAAAUCCCACUCCACAUGCAGAGAUACAGUUCUGGAGAAACAGGCUUGCUGAUCUUCAGGGAAUCCAACAGCAGCUCCAGUCUUCUAAAGUCCUGACGCUGGCGGAGCUUCUGCUCGCUGUGGACAGCAGCUAUUAUCCUGCAUUUGCAAAAAUGAUCCAGGACGUCAUGGAAGCUCAUAACGAGUCGAAGAACAUCACAACCUUCCUGAAGCCGCUGGAGAGGCUGAUCGAGGAUCUGGAGAACGCAGACUUCACUGAGCUGAAGGCAAAGAUCCCUCCGCUCAUGCACACGGUGUGUCUGAUCUGGGCCAACUGCAGAUACUACAGCAAACCAGCCCGAGUCAUUGUGCUCCUGCAGGAGAUCUGCAACCUCCUCAUACAGCAGGCCCGGAGUUUCCUGAACCCGGAUGACAUCCUGAAAGGUGAUGUUCUGGAGAGUCUGCUGCGUGUUCAGGCCGCUGUAGACCUGCUGACACACUUCAAGAACACAUAUGAGGACAGAAGAGCCAACCUGAGCCACUACCAGAAGAACGAAGACCCAGUCAAGCCCUGGGAUUUCUCUCCCCUCAUGGUGUUCGUCGGCCUGGAUCACUUCAUGAAGAGACUCAGAACUAUUGAGACGGUGCUGCUCACUGUCAUGGAUAUGAUGAGGCUGGAGAAGAUCGAGUUUGGAGGCAUUCAGGGGAAAUCUCUCAGCCAGAUUGUCCAGCGUUUGCAUGAAGACUUCCUGCAGACGUACAAAUCCUUCUCAGAGAAGCCCUACGACUGCCUGGAUGUUAAUAAUAUGGAGUUUGAAUCAGAUUUCGCAGAGUUCCAGCUGACUGUGGAUGAUACGAACAGGCGAUUGGGAGCCAUCUUCUGCAACGCUUUUGAUGACGCUUCAGGUCUGGAACACUCCUUCAAGGUUUUGGACAUGUUUGGCAGACUGCUGGAGCAGCCGCUGAUAGCAGCCGAGGCUCAGGCCAGAUAUCCCAUCCUGAUCAAACUGUUUGACAAGCAGCUGGAAGACUGUAAGACGAUUUUCAAGAAGCAGAUGCAGAUGGAGGAAACCCGAGGUUAUUCUCCUGUCUCUAAGAACAUGCCUGCGGUUUCUGGAGGACUGAAGUUUGUCCAGGAAUUGCAGGAACGCAUACAGACUCUUUACAAUAACUUCAGAUUCAUCAACCACCCGUAAAUAUCUGAUGUCUUGAGUCUAUUGGAGACUAUUGGAGUUUUCUCUAUUCAAAUAAACUCUUUAUAUGUGU